AUGAGUGAGCAGCGGCAGUUGGACCAGGAGUUUGACAAGAUCAAUCAGCAGGAGAUCGAGCAGGCCUGGCACCAAGCGACGGAGGCUGCCGGCCUGGCGGAGCAGGGGGUGCAGACGGUGCCCCCGAAUCUCAUGAACUGGGACCUGAAGCGUCCCCCAAAGCUGCAGCCCGGAGCCAACCUCACCAAGCUCACGGCGGUGGCUGAACGGAAGCGCAGUGCCUGGCAUACCCUGGGCCUGGAAAUGUACUCGAAGGACAGGGUGGCCAUCGUCAUCAUGUCCGGCGGCAAAGAUUCCCGCAUCGGAGGCGACGUUCCCAAAGGUGUUCUGGACGUCGGUCUCUUGUCUCACAAAUCGAUUUUCCAGCUCUAUGUCGAGCGGGUGCGCAGGCUGCAGCACUUGGUGCAGCGGAAGUUCAAAAAGGUGGUCUUCAUUCCCUUGUACAUAAUGUGCAACCGCGACAACAAGGAGGUGAUUGAAGAUUUCUUCCGGGAGAACGACUUCUUCGGCAUCCGGGAGCAGGACAUCCUCUUCUUCACGCAAGGGGAUUUUCCCAUUUGCGACAAGCACGGGAAGUAUCUCCUGACCGAAAAGCACAGGAUUGCCAUGAACCCCAGCGGCAACGGUGGUGUCUUCAAGUCCCUGGUGGAAGAGGGCAUGGUCUCGGACAUGAAGAGCCGAGGGGUCACUUGCCUCUUUGCUUGCAGCAUCGACAACGUCUUGGCCAAGGUGGGCGAUCCUGUCUUCCUGGGCUUCUGCGAAACAUGCAAGGCGGAUGCUGGCUUGAAGACCAUGGAGAAGGUGCUGCCUGAAGAAGAGUAUGGAAUCUUCUGUUCUCAGCUUCAUCGGGACAUCUUCGAAGACGUGGAUGGUGACGGCAAGUUGGACGCAGUUUCCAAGGUCAAGGCCAGCGUCCUGGAGUUCUUCGAGAUGCCGGAAGACCUGAAGAAGCGCAGGAAGCAGGCGGGGUCCAGCGGCAUGCCCUUGGAGCUGAACUCGGGGAACCUCUCGCAGUACUUCUUCAAGGUGGACUUUGUCAAGAAGGUGGCGCAGAUCAGCAGCGGCAAGCACCACAUCAUCCCCAAGUCUAUGCCCUACUUGGACACCAAGCUGGGCCAUAAGGUGGAACCUCCAAGGCAGGAGAAAAACGCCCGGCGCAUGGAGAUGUUCAUCUUCGACGCCUUCCAGCUCUGCAGGAGUGUAGUGGGGCUCCAGGUCCCACGCACCGAGUACGCAGUGGUGAAGAAUGCCGCUGGUAAGGACUCCCCUCAAACCGCGGUCCAGGCGGUGGGCCAGCUGCACCAGAGUUGGAUCAUCAACGCCGGGGGCACCUUCCUGGACUCCAAGGCGCUCGGCUUCGGCUUCGGCUCUGGUUCUGGUGGUGGGACGGAGGGCAGCUGGAAGUGGUGGCGGAGGUCGUCUCUGGCCAAAGAGGCAAGGGCGCCAAGGGAGCCGGAGCUGGAUGGCGCGAGGCGGCGAAUGGGACUGGAGCUGGUCUUGGGCAUGGGAGAGCUGGUCCGCUGGGUAUGGCGACCAUUCAGAGUGGCACGGUGCCGGUCGCAGCUCGCGGGCCAGGGGCAGCAGGCGGGCUGCGUCACCGCGGCGAGCCGAGCCGCUUGA